AUGGAGUUUCCUUUGCUACUACGCGUAAAGCUAGCACGUUCACCCAAGUUUGAACCCCUCCCGCACGUCCUCCAGAUCGUCAACGAUCUACUCCUACCGAGAACACUAGACGGUGCUAUCUACAACGAUCUCCAUAGACUGGCCAAAGACUACGAAGCUGUUCUUCCGUGUACUGUUGGAGCUAUGGACGGCGCUGCUGCCAAAGGGCGACUCGAUAUUCUCCAAAGACUGCAAAAUACUCGAAGUGAAGGCUGCUCAUCCGCCGCAUUCGUCGGUGCGGCAGCUCACGCUCAUCUGGAGGUGCUGUGGUGGCUCAAUGAGUUCUAUGCCAGAUUGGCCCGGCCACAAGACAUGGUCAGAGCCGCCGCUGAAAACGGUCACGUUCGCGUGCGCCGUCUACAACGAGCUGCACCGCGUGCUCCGUGUCUACCAACACUCUCGUCCACACACACAACCAACGCUAUGGACGGCGCCGCAGCUCUCGGAAAGUUGGACCUCCUCAAACGAUUACAUUCCAACAUACCAGAGGACUGCUCCAAUGCUGCCUUCGUCAAUGCAGCGGCCAACCGCCACCUUAAUGUACUCGAGUGGCUCUAUGAAUUCUACCUGCAGAGGGCUAACCCAGCCGAGGAAAUUAUUAGAGCUGCUGAAUGUGGUUAUAUGGACAUCGUAAGGUUCUUGAACCGAAAUUCUGGAGCAGCUUUCGCACCGACCGUACUGUAUGAGGAAAGCUCUGUUGGCAGCAGCAGAGAAUGA